UCGUGUCGAUCACACCAGGACCAGAAUUAGCAUCGUCUCCAGAAACUACACGGCAUAAACCCCAAACCCAAUCUCGAAUGUUUCAGCGAUUCAAUUAUUUCAAUGGCCCCUUAUUUCCAAUAUAUAAAAUCGCCAUUCAGAGUUGAAAUCUGCCGAAGGGAGAAAGAGAAAUGGAAGCUGGUGGGGCGAAGGGGAAAGUUUGUGUAACUGGAGGCACUGGAUUCAUCGGCUCAUGGCUGGUGAAGAAGCUUCUGGAGAGUGGCUACUCUGUCAACACCACUGUAAGAUCCCACCCAGAGAAGAAAAGAGACUAUAGCUUUCUCACAAAUCUACCGGAAGCAUCAGAAAGACUCCAGAUAUACGAUGCCGAUCUCGACGACCCGAACAGUUUUGGCCCUGCCAUUGAAGGUUGCAUUGGAGUGUUUCAUGUCGCUAACCCAAACCCUGGGGGCCAAGAACCUGACGAAUCUGUGGUAAGAAAAACAACUGAUGGAACAUUGGGGAUCUUGAAAAUUUGUCUGAAUUCCAAGACAGUGAAACGAGUUGUAUACACUUCUAGUGCAUCCUGUAUGGAGUUUACUCCCAACAAAGUUGAUUUUCUGGAUGAAAGUUGUUGGAGUGACAUUGAUGUCAUCAAUGAACAAGUACCAUUUUUAAGAUCUUAUGCAAUUUCCAAGACAUUGGCUGAAAGAGCAGCUCUCGAGUUCUCCCAACAACAUGGAUUGGAAGUUGUCACUGUUCUUCCAACUUACGUUGUUGGUCCCUUCAUUUGUCCUAACCUUCCCGGCUCUGUCCGCUUGACAUUGGCUCUGGCUUUUGGUACUGAGGCAUUAUAUGGAUUCCUUUUAAAUGCAAACAUGGUGCAUGUGGAUGAUGUGGCGAGAGCACACAUUUUUCUUUUUGAACAUCCAAAUGCCAAAGGGAGAUACGUUUGCUCUUCCCACAAGAUGACAUUGGAAGAAUUGGUUAAAUUCUUUUCUGUUAGAUACCCAGAAUUUCAGAUACCAUCUCUUGAGUCUUUGAAAGAUGUCAAAAGCUACAUCAAAGACAAGAAUCACAUGUUCUCGUCAAAGAAGCUUUUGGAUACUGGUUUCGAAUACAAGCACGGAAUCUAUGAGGUAUUUGAUGAAGCAAUUCAAAGCUGCAAAGAAAAGGGUUAUCUCUAGCUUAUGCUCGAUAUAUAUUUAGGAAAUAAAGGGGAAGUGAAUAUGGGAAUAUUGCAAAAAAAGAGACUAAAAAGUGUUGAUGUGUGGCUUGUUUUCCUAUCUACUAGACUUCACUCUUACUCUUAUAUAUGCUUGAUAGAACUUCUAUUUUAGACUUGUGUAUCCUUUGCAUGUUUCUUGGAAUUCUAAAUAAUUUUUCUAUUGAUUGCUAGGAA